GCCGUACUAGGAAUUUUCCUUGAGGAUUUGAGCUAGUGCGCACUUGACUGUAUAUCAGUCUGUUGGCGCAGGUUUAUUUGUUGGUCAGUUCAGAAAGUCAAGGAAAUAGUAGACUGCCACAAAAUUUCCGCUGUUGUAUGCCACUAAUUUUGCCGAGUAGUACAAGGCUGCUUUAGACUUUUGAAAAUGAAGUUCCAACCAAAUGCCCUUAUUGAACGGUUACUGCAUGGACUAAACAAUGGAGAAGGAGACUGCUUUCCCCUGAAACAACCUACCCCCACUUUUGAUGGUCUGGAUCAAAACCUCAUGGUUUGGACUUAGUUAAUCAGACGGCUCGUAUUGUUCCUUUCUCUGAGCUUGAAAUAUCACCCCACCAACAGCAUAUUAGUGCUCUCCCAAUAUAAAAGAAUCCUUACACAUGAACCUUAACACACAUGUGUAGUUCAUCUUCCCUUUCUCGCAAUGGCUUCCUCCCUGCAGACUUAUGUUCUUCCGGUUCUGUUAUUUGUCAUCCUCCUUGUCAAGUCAACGUCCACAUCUGAAAAUCAUCACCAUCACCACAAGCACAACGAAAAUCAAAUCAAGUCCAUCCAUUUUGCACUCUAUCAACAUGAAACCAUAAACAAAACCGGAUAUAUCAUAGUGAACGGUGUAGCUGGACCAGGCGUAACUCAAACAACAACGCCUUUUGGCACCUUGUUUGCUUUCCAGGAUCCUUUGACUGUCGCAUCAAAUCGGUCUUCCAAGGUAAUUGGAAUUGCAGAAGGAACUUCCAUCACCUCUAGCUUUGAUGGGCUCCGCAGUAUUUCAGUUGCUAAGAUCACUUUACGUUUGAAGAACCACAUAGGUUCAAUUUCCAUAGCAGGAGGCACACACAAUCUUAAAGCCUCUGAUCAUCCUGUUGUUGGAGGAACCGGUGACUUCACCUUCGUGCAAGGCUACAUAACAUCAUCUCCGCUUGAUCUCAAAGGCCUCACUGUUGUUUACAAGAUUGAGUUUCACCUUUACUGGCCUCCUUAUGCUAAGCAAGCUUCUUUGUCCUGAAGAGUUUGGCCGAAAUUGAGAAUUCUCUGUUACUAUUAGUUAUUAUGUCAAGUCUACCAAUCCAGAUUUUGAGUCCUAUUUUCAUUUUUAUUUGUCUUAAUAGCAACUUCUUUAUUAUUAUUAUUACAAUAAUGCAAGGCUUACUUUAUGAUCA